ACAACUUGCCUUUACAGCCUUCUCUCCCUCCAAAUGGGGCCGUGACUGAGUGUGAUGACCUCACCCUGUUUCUACUCAACUCUCUUUUUUUACUCCAUCCCUCCCGCUUUCUCACAGUCCGUGCAAGAGUGAGAGGUUUGCAAGAGUCACGUUCUCCACAGAGAAAAGCUCUUGACUUCACACAUGGGUUUUGUUGACUUCAGAACGAGUCUUUUCCUCCAAUUCACCAGAAGAAGGAUUUAAAGAUACGUACAAGGGGGUGUUAGGGUUGUAUGUUUUUCUUCGGUGCAAGCAGAUGAUUAAAGCAAGAAGAGCAAUGAAAAGGAUCCAACCGUUCACCAUUGGGACCAAGUUGUCAGUCCCCUCUGAGACCAAAUGUCCGGAUUAUGUAGGCACCAUCCUUCCUGUCCCAGCUCUGGAUGGUUGCGAGCUCAGAAAUGACUCGAGCGAUGACAUUUCUCCUUUCCAUCAUUCUGCACCUGUGGAAGAACAUUCAGAGGACUUUAAUGAGGACAUUAAAGAGGAAGAAGACAGGGACUCUGUGUCUCCACCAGCUUCCUCCAGAUCUAUCAGGAAGAUUGCAAUGUGUGCAAACUCUGAGAGCCAGAAGAAAUGUCAUAUCACAAAGUUUAAUACGACAAACAAGACAAGCUCCUCGUCUGAAAAGUUGUUGCCUGUUGAGGAAAGACUGUGCGACUGGUCUGAUUCACAGCUGGAGACUGAACCAUGGAUGAAAGGACUGAAGUUAAAGGACCUUCAUUAUGAUUACGACAUGCCAGAAUUCCCACAAGAUGAACCAGAGGACGUGUCUCACAGCCAGAGGAGAGACCUCAAAGACUUUGAGAACUCUCUCAUCCAACUCACAACAAGUCUGGACUUGACACAGCUCUCAAUGCAUCUCCUGAACCAGGAAAAAACAGAAAGUCCUCAUCAGAAGAAGACAGAUGCAGUAGAUCUAGGAUUGGAGAUGCUUAGAAGACAGAGCCCAGGGGACCACACUGACAAAUCGUGGUUGAAACUGAGGUCACUCCUGAGAGACUAUCAUCAGGAUCUCAUGUUGGCUCUGGACGUGUCAUCGUUUUACCAACAAGCGGACAACAUCAUUAGUGCCAUUAACUGCAAGAUGAGCCGUGUAUUGAUGACCGACUUGCAAAAAAGCAGUCAAGACAAAGAGACGAGAGAAAUUACCUUCCAGAUCAAUAUGCUGAAUGAGUCUGCGUCUCGCCUGUCAAAUCUCCACCCAACCCUGGCCAGAAGAGUUACGUGCAAACAGGCCGAGGUGAAGGAGAACUGGGCACUUCUACAGGAGCAUUUCCGGAACCAAAAGACAGAUGUGCUUUCCAAACACCAGUCAACUUUAGCUGCAGAUCCUCUAACCACAUGCCCUGACUCACAGAGCUUUGCUAGAAACGAGGGUCACAGCGUAAUGGGAAAAGAUGUGAAGGAAGAGCAAAACCGUCUCCGAGGAUUUGAGUGCUCUCAAGGCCUUUGGCCACAUAGGAUGUGGAGUCCGGUUGAGGAAUGUUCUGCUGGAAGUCGAGGCUCACUAUCGGAAAGCAGCUGCUCCAAUCUGGACAACAUCUCUGAGAAACAAGACAUGGACAGGAAGAGCUAUAUCGGCCAGAUGGUUCAAACAACCCAUAUUCCCUCUCAAGAAUGUCUCGUUCCUAAUAAGGUGCUGAAGGAGUCGACGACAUCCACUGUAAUGACUCCACUGUGGUUAAAGGACAAUACAAAUCUGAUCGUUAGAGAAGAGCAAGACUGCUCAAAGCAAAGUCAAGACCAAAAAAUGGAGGAACUCCUAAGCCAGGUGGAGGUGCUUUGGGAUGCUCUGCAGAAGAAAUACGGAGAGAACGAUGAGAUCAAACUCGCUGAAAAAGAACUAUCUGGAGAUAACGCUGUACAGAUGAUGCCAGAACUCCCACUUUCUAACCAUCCCCCACAAAAUGCAGAGGAGGGCGGUUCUGGAAUGCUUGCAAAAUUUCUUGAACUUUUGGAUCCCAGUGGUUAUCACAAAACGAGUCAGGAUGUCCCUGGUCUUCAGAAUAGCCCAGAAAUGUCUGAGGCUGGAGAAAUUUCACUGGAUCUACAAGGGGAUCAAACUUAUCAGGAGAGUUUACGGAAGCACGACCAAACCACAGAGGAGCUACAGAGCUUGCUGUCUACUUUAAGACUACGGAUCAACCAGCAUCUCUCCCGCUGUGCUGAACUCAGUAUGGACCUCCUGGACACAGAGCUCUUUGACUCGGAUCCCAGUGGACUGGAGGGGCUACAGGAGCAGCAAGAUGACCUUGAGGCUCAUUAUCACAUUAUUGAGGGAGAGGUGACAGACAUGGAGAGACUAGCCUGUCAACUGCAGGUUCCUUCCCCAGAACAGAGAGACACACUCAGGGAAGAAGUUCAGGCGAUUCUGCAGGCUUGGGAGGAAGUAGGCCGCAACAUGGCAGAAAACAGAGGUCGCCUGGAGAAGUUCCACCACAUUCAGGACUAUUUCGAAAACUAUCUUGCACAUGAUGUAAGAAGAGAAAGCUUGACUAAUUUGGAUAUAAUCAUCUCGCUGCAUUACAUAAUGAAUGUUUUAUAUUUAAUAUCAACAACUUUAUCAUAAAGUAUGUUCCCAUAGCCUAUACGGUUUUUAUUUGCAUCAUUAAUAUUAGUUGUUGUAUUCAUUUAGGAUGCAUUUGAUAUUUUGAUACUGUUUCCUGUAGUACGUGGACAGAAAACACCAGAUCUCGUGUCCUCGCUGGCAGUGCCGCCUGGAGAGAGAGUGAA